GAUCUGAAAAUGGCUCCGGCGACUUGCACAAGACGACUGUUUUCACGAUUCGCUGGGAUCUUUGUUCAGAUUCCGCAUCUCGAGGUUUUGGUCUUCGUCUUCGUUCCCGGCGAAUCGACUCUCUCCGGCUUCAGUGAUGGUUUUCGGGGAGUGGUAGUGGUUUGGAUAGCUAUCGUGCUCCAUUCCGCGAUUCUGCUAAGAACUGGAGCGAAUCAGAGCUUCAUCAUGCAAAGCUGAGAUCGCUCUACAAGGUUUCGUUCAGUCUCCAUGCACUUUGAGUGAUUAAAAUCCGAGAAUUCGCAGAUUCUGCACCUUCAUCCUUCAUUGAGCGACGACUUGUCAGAUCCCUCGUUCAAUUUGCUAAUUCAAGGUUACUAGUCGUACAUCCUUGUCAUAUUAUCAUUUGUCCUUAAUGGCCUCAGAACUCAUGGAAAUCGGUGAUAUAGGUGAAAACAAUGCAUUUGAGUGACAUUCUGGAUCAUGGGCAUGAUCAAGGAAUGGAAUCCUUGAUCGUACCCACCGAAAGAUUCCGAAUGUCCGAUUUUUUUCGGGUCGAAAAACUGACUCGAAUUCCGCUAUUUUUCGGGUUGGAUCGGGUCGGAUUUCGGGGUCGGAACUAAUUUUACACUCUAUGUAAAGGUAAUAGAUAGUAAGUGAUCACGGGGUAGGACUCAGAAUGGAAAUCAUGGAGGAGGAUAGCCAUAUGAAGAAACUGACUCUUUAAAGCUCAGUACCAAAUCCUACCGUUAUUGACCCAAGAAGAUUGCACCAAAUCUAUAUAUAUUACAGCUCAAUACCAAAUCCUGAAGUUUAAAGCUAAAUCAAGUUUCACAAUGCAUGUCCAAUUCCUGUUGACGAGUCUCCCCAUGCACAAUGACUAAAACACCCCUCUUUCCCACCCGUGCUCUUUCCAAUCUCGUGUCCGUUUUCGUCAAUUCAAACAGCUUGAAAACGCUUUCGGCUUUCUAACAUUUGUCCUUCGCCGUGCCUCUGUUUCGUUGCAGUCUCUGUUGUUUGAACGGAAGGAAUACUCCAUACGAUGGAGCGAGUUUCGACCCGACCCGGGUCCGAGGAUCCGAUCGAUGUCUGCUGCCGACUUCUCGGCCUCCGUGAGUUUACCCUCUGUCGGAUUUGGGCUCAAAAGGCUCGAGAAUCGGACCCUAACUCUCCGGGCCUUGCCCAAAUCCUAGCAAUCGCCGACGUUCUUCUCGCCGCCGAGAGUCGGAUAGCCGACGGUUGCCUGGAUUUUUACUCCAUCCUUCAGGUGAACCGAACCGAUUGCGAGAACAGACCCGUGAUCCUCAACCAGUUCAAGAAACUCGUGAUGCUACUAAGCCCUAGCAGGAACAGCUUCCCUUUUAGUCGGGAAGCGUUGAACUUUAUUUGUCAAGCGUGGUCGGUGCUGUCUAAGCCUGAGAAGAAGGAACUAUACGAUAUUGAGAUUGCAAAAGCAGGAUUGAAGGGGAAUACUGCCGGAGAUUGCGGAAAACAGAAAACCCAUGUGGCAAACGCCGCCGGCCGCGGCGGAGGAAGACCGGAAAAGGAAAAGGAUGAGACUUUUUGGACAAUGUGUCCGUACUGUUUCUUCCUGUAUGAGUAUGCAAAGAUAUAUAAGGAACUCACUCUCAGGUGCCAGAGUUGCCGGAGAGCGUUUCACGGGAUGGAGCUGGGUCCAUUGCCGGCGAGUUUAACGGCGGAUGGAGUAGAGAGUUACACCUGCCAAAUGGGAGCUUUCCCAAUUAGGUACCCUUCCCACGGUUUCUUCGGUGCGAGUGCCGGUGGAACAAACAGUGUGGUGGAUGUUUCUGAUGAGAGUGAGAGUGAUCAUAAUCAUGGUGAUGGUGAUGGUGAUGAUGAUAAUGAUAAUGAUGAUUGUGAAAACGGUGAUGGGAAGGAAGAUACCGAGAAUGGCGAGAAUAUAUUGAGAUCGGAGGCGGCAAAGCAAGAAGCUUUGAGCAAAGGGGGUAUUGUGGCUGGGAGAUUGAAUGGAAAGAGGGUGAAAAUGACAGCGUGGAAUACUAGGAAGGGUAUGGAGAUGAGAAUGAGAAUGCAGAUGAAGAAGAGGAAGAGAGCUGAAGAAAAAAGUUUAGAGAGUGAUGAUGAUAAUGAUGAUUGUGAAAACGGUGCUGGGAAGGAAGAUACCGAGAAUGACGAGAAUAUAUUGAGAUCGGAGGCAGCAAAGCAAGAAGCUUUAAGCAAAGAGGGUAUUAUGGAGGGGAAAUUGAAUGGGAAGAGGGUGAAAAUGACAGCGUGGAAUACAAGGAAGGGUAUGGAGAUGAGAAUGAGAAUGCAGAUGAAGAAGAGGAAGAGAGCUGAAGAAAAAAGUUUAGAGAGUGAUGAUGAUAAUGAUGAUUGUGAAAACGGUGCUGGGAAGGAAGAUACCGAGAAUGGCGAGAAUAUAUUGAGAUCGGAGGCGGCAAAGCAAGAAGCUUUGAGCAAAGAGGGUAUUGUGGCGGGGAGAUUGAAUGGAAAGAGGGUGAAAAUGACAGCGUGGAAUACUAGGAAGGGUAUGGAGAUGAGAAUGAGAAUGCAGAUGAAGAAGAGGAAGAGAGCUGAAGAAAAAAGGUUAGAGAGUGAUGAUGGCGAUGGUGUUGAUCCAGAGAUCACUGAGUUAGAUUGACAUCUAACAUCAAUGCACAGAAUGUUCAUAAUUGAUGAACAUUUGAAUUGCUAGGAAUCUGCUAGGCCGUUGCUUUUUAGCCAUUGAUCUUUCUGUGAAUCUAUGCUUUACUCGUACUAGCUACAUUUAAACCACGCUUUAGUGCUAGUGUUUAUUUUUGCU